AUUUCGUACAAAACACUACUUAUGAAUUGCCUCCACAAUUGCUGCCUUUAUCAACCAAGUGAAUUACACAGCUUAUCACAGCUUCAUCAGUUUUGACAACAGAAAUCGUAUAUUUUCAAGUAUCUACACUAGUCAAUCUACACAAUAUAGUAAGGAAAUCAAUAAGAAGCUUUGCGAUUUUCGCUGAAGGUACGUCAAUAAAGGUUCCUGGUGUUUAUCUUUUAUAUAAUUGGGAGUCGGUAAAUGAUAGUAGAAAGGGAUGUCAUUAUGAGCUUAAGAUUGAUCUGUAGUUAGAGGACGAUUUAGAGAUGUUUGGCGUUUACAGUAUAUGGGAAGUGCGAAGAAGCUGUACCUCACUGUUGUCAAGCUUGGAUAACUAUACCAUAAUGGUUUUAAAUGACUCGAUAAUUCAUAUUGUUAAAUCCUUCACCCCUAUGCUUCUUCUUCACUUUUGUCUACUUCUGGAUGUCAUUUCCUUGACUUAUAAACUGAGGAAAAGAACGAUCAUAAUUAUGAAACCUUACUUCUCUUUUCCUCUGAUACUAAUAUAUAACAAAGUGCUGGUAAUUGUCAUAGAUCUUCCAUAGAUUGAGUUAACAGACAACAAGAAAAGUAAAGUACCCGCCCUUUUACAUCAGUUGUUGUAGCAGCGAGCUCGACAAAUUAUUUUUCGAUAA